GCAGCUUCUGAAAGAAAUGAAACAUGGUUUUAAGGCGCUGACAGGAAGUUCACCUUGGCCCCAGUCACUUGUACUCAGCUGCUGAGCCGCAGAAAGGCGGGAGAGCGAGUCAGGCACUCGGAUUAAGUAGCGCCCAAUCCAGCAACGAUCAAUCGCUUGAAACAAUUAGCUUUUUACAACAAAUCACAUGGUUUGAAUGGCUAGUUGGUUUAUGACCAGGGUUGCUGAAACUUAUGAUACCGUUGGACUGCUGUUUUGAAUUGUAAUGGAGGAAUGCAAAUUGACAGCAGCGAAUUCAGCAAAGAAACUAGUCCAAGCUCGAUUACCUUUCAAACGUCUCAAUCCUGUACCAAAGCCUGAAAAUGACGAGACUGAUGAUGCCAAGCGGAUAAAAAUAUCUGCCAAUUCACCUGUGCAACUAACUUCGGACACACUGAAUGCCUCUGGCGAGGAUGUUGAGAAUGACUGCAAAAUUAACUUGGAUGGCCAAACUGGAAAUCUAGCGACUUUGGAUAGCGGUCUCAUUCCCUCCACACUUGUAAAUGGGAAAGGACCACUUGAUAAUUUCUUGAAUUUCAUUCGGAAGAGUAAAUCCGUGCCCAAGGUGCACAACAGUGAACUUCAUUCCACUAUUGACUUGACAUGUGAUUCCAGCAGCGAAGUCUUGGACAGUGCAGACACCACAAAUAUAAAAAUGGUGGUUUCUAAAUGUCCAAGUAUGAAAACAAAAGUUGAUUGUGAAAAAGCAUGUAACCCAUUGAGACCUAGCUUAACAACAACAGUUAAUUCUGCUGAACCUAUGAGUUAUGGAAAUUCAGCAACUGGGGAGACCAGCAGUGAGACAAAGGCCAAGGAAAGGCACAAAUCUGAAAGUGACAGCCCUAUUUCUCUCCGCUUUCUCCGAAGAGUUCCAGUAGUGGUAUUAAAAGAUAUAAUGGCUGAUAAAUCAUGCUGGGAUGUGAACCUGACAAAUGGGAUAGUUCGAGCUGAAGGACCACAGUCAUUUGCUAACAGAAGUGUCAGCUCCUUAUCAAGUUCCUUUUCAUCUGUUGAAAGCUCGCCAGAAGCAAGAACUUCAAAGGAUAAGAAAAGUCCAGUAUCUACAUUAACAACUUCAGUCACCAAGAUCUCCCAGACUCUUAAUGUGCCAGGCAAGAAGUCUCCACUGCAACAGCAGCGUGAAGAGAAACAGCAGAACCAUAAAAUGCUUAAGGAAGAGCGGGAGCGUGCAAGAGAAGAGGCCAAACACGCCAAAGAGCGUGCAAAAGAAGAAGCAAAGAGGAAAAGGGAUGAUGAAAAGGAACAGAAAGACAAGGAGAGGAAAGAGAAGAGAGAGAAAGAAGAAAAGGAGAAAGCAGAGAAGUUAAGAUUAAAGGAGGAAAAACGGAAAGAAAAACAAGAUGCAUUAGAGGCCAAAUUGGAAGAAAAGAAAAAGAAGGAAGAAGAGAAACGGUUAAAAGAGGAAGAAAAGCGUUUGAAGGCAGAAAAAGUGAAGGAAAUUUCAGAAAUAACUAGAUUCUUCCAAAAACCAAAGGCUCCACAAGCCCCAAAGACUCUAGCUGGAUCCUGUGGAAAGUUUGCUCCUUUUGAAAUCAAAGAACACAUGUUCCUUGCUCCAACAAGUCGGCUAUACUUAGAUCAAGAAGUUCUGGAGCGAUUAGAUGAGUUGCUGGAACAUCAGAGUUUCAGUGCUAAUUACUUCAAAGAAUUGCACACCAAGAAGCCCAGAACAUCUGGCCCAACAAGCCCCAAAAUAAACAUCACCGAAUGCAGUUCAUGCAGUGAUGUGAUUGUGAUAGACACCAAUUCAAGUAGUGGGACCAUUGAUAGGAAGAAAUUAUGCAGGAUGAAGCUGCUGCAGUUUCGAGAAAAUCACCGUCCUGCCUAUUGGGGGAGUUGGCAGAAGAAGAGUGCAAAGGUGAAUCCCCGGAAUCCUUUUGCUAAAGAUGAGUUACUGGAUUAUGAAGUGGACAGUGAUGAAGAGUGGGAGGAAGAAGAACCUGGAGAAUCUCUCUCCCACAGUGAAGGAGAUGAUGAUGAUGAGGGAGAUGAUGAAGAUGAUGAUGAUGGGUUUUUUGUUCCCCAUGGCUAUUUGUCUGACGGAGAAGGCGCGACCAAUGAGGAGGGUGAAAAUCCUGAAAAACAGAAAAUCCGUCAGCGAAUGAAGGCAAAAGAAUGGGACGAAUUAAUGAAAGGAAAGAAAUUUCAAGUGCUGCAACCCACCCUGCUUGGAUGUUUUUGGGAGAUUGACAGUGACAUGCUGCACAACUCCACCAUGAGGGCUCUUCAACAGUUUUCAAUUCACAUGUUUGAAAACCAGGCUGAAGAUGAACAACUGCAGGGAAUGUACAAUGGGAAAUUAAAAGAAGAACAAAUAUUAAUGAGCCUGCUUCCACUACUUCACGGAAAUGUGAAUGGACGAAAAGCCAUUAUUAAGGAGUUUCAGGAGUGGUACAAAAAUAAACCACCUGCAGAUGUGCUGGCACUUCCUCCUUCUGAUUCAUCAAGUCCUCCAGGCUCUGAUGCCUCCAGACAAGAGACAUCCACGGUGGAUGAGGAUGUGUCCAUCCCAUCCAAGGCAAAAUUGCAACGACUUAUUACAGAAAACGGAGUAUAUGAGAAAAGAAUGGCAUUCAGACUGAGGUGCUGGUAUGUACAUGAAGAAGUGCUGAGAAAGUUUAGGAUGGAAAACCUUCCUGUUCCAGGACAAUGGAAUUACCUCACACAAGUCCAGUCUACAGUCAAGGAAGAUAGUGCCGUUACAGCAGGAAGUGGACAGAAUACUCCUAGUUUGGUUAGGGCCACGACACAAUGCACACCUGGUUCAGGAAAACGAAAGCCAGCUGGAAGUAUGUCCAUAAAAAAGUUCAUGCAGAAGUGUGUAGACACUGAAGCCGAUCAGGCUGAAAUAAUGGAGACUGAUGGUUUUCAGGCAGAUACAGAAGAUGACGAUGAAGCAGAUUGUGUAAUUGUUGAUGUACAGAUGAACAAGCCUAUGCCAAACGAUAAAGAGUGUGACAAGGCGCCUGAAGAUUUGUGCUCUUUGUUGGUCAAGCGUGAGAAGCCUGUGGAAUUGUGUUACCAAUUGGCACCUGACAUCCUGCCUCCAGAACUGAUCGCAGAACUGGCUGCUGAUGAGACGAUGGACAUUGAACCCUGUGAAAAUGCUGCUGUCAACUCCCCCCACCAUACCUGAAUCGAGAUAUAUAUGUGUGUAUAUAUAUAUACUAAUAGCUUUAUGUACGUAGGGUGCUCUUUUUCUCUUUAGAAACUUUUUAAAAACAUUUUCUGUAUCAUUUCAUAAACUUAAUACUUGAAGUUCUGUAAAAAAAUAAAUAAAAUGGCACUUUUGCAACAAAAUUGUGAUUUUCUAAUUAAAAAAAUUAACGCGUAUCAUUGGAAAUGUUGGCAUUAAUAAACACCCAGUUAUGUACAAUGCAAAA